UCAUACAUUUUUCUUUUUAAUAUACAAAUAUCCUUCAAAAGAAGAAUACAAAAGCAAAAAAAAAAAAAAGAAGCCAAAACUUUUUGUUCCAAGAUAAGAAGAAAGUCCCAACAUCACUACCAUGGAUAAUAUGGAACUAAGACAAUGUCCCGUUGACGAGUCUCCUCUAAAAUAUACAAAAAUCUCAUCAAAAUGCGAUGCAUGCUACAAAGAUCACGAUGAAGACAAGCAAGGCUACAAAUGUGAUCUCUGCGGGUUUUGCAUCCACGAGAAAUGCUUCGACGCCAACAUUCCUACUCAUCAUAAACACCCUCUCAAACUCAUCAAAAGUCUUGUCAACAAGUUAUGUUGUUUUUGCGAAACAGAUAAGAUUCCUCGAAUACUUUAUCAAUGUUCAAAGUGUUCUUUUCUCAUAUGUAUCCCUUGUGCAAGACAACCUUUGAUCAUUCACCACACGAAAGCCCAUGAGCAUGCACUUCGUCAAGUACCAAUAAAACUUCCCUUCACAUUGUGUUGUGCAUGUGGGCUGCAUAGUACAAAGUACCCGUGUCUUUGUCUUCAAUGCAGUUUCAUAAUCCAUCGAACAUGCAUCUACUUACCACGUGUUAUAUACAUCAACCGUCACGACCAUCGUAUCUCUCACGUUUCUUCUUUGGCACCUGGGAAGUGGAUUUGUAGGGUAUGUUAUGAGCAUGUGAAUGGAGAGUAUGGUGCAUAUUCUUGCUCGGUUUGUUCUUAUGUUGUUCAUUCAAAAUGUGCAACAAAUGGCAUAAUUUGGGAUGGGAGAGAACUCGAAGGUGUACCAGAAGAAGAUGAAGAAGAAGAAAGCGAACCAUUCAAAGUGAUAGAUCAAAACCUGAUAAAACAUUUUAGCCAUGACCACAUUCUCAAGGCUUCAAUAUCAUCAUCAAGACUCAUGGAACCAAGAGAAUAUUGUUGUGCAUGCUCUCUUCCUUUAUAUUCUGAAUUAUCCUAUAAAUGCACUCAAUGUGAUUUUCUUCUUCACGAUGCUUGCGCGAAUCUUCCUCUGAAGAAAAGACACGAGAUAAGCAUACGAAAACUUACAUUGAGCGCUAAAAGUCGACAUGGGGCAAAAUUCGAAAACUUGUUUCUUUGUAUUGCAUGUCUCCGCUACUGCACCGGUUUCUCUUAUAAUAUUAAAGCGGAUGAUGAUUACCCUCAGUAUAGUCUUGAUGUGCGAUGUGCUACAAUUUCUGACGCAUUUAAACAUGAAAGCCAUCCACAUUGGUUAUAUGUGAGCUUUGAAUAUCAGUUUCUCGCGAGGUGUAACGGAUGUGACUCUUUUUGUUGGUUUGUUCUACUUUGUAAGGAUAAAAAUGAUUGUCGUGGCUACAAUUUAUGCUUCAGAUGUGCUACUUUACCCACAUUGGUAAUAAACAAAUACGAUGAUCAUCCUCUCUCCUUAUGCUAUGGUGAUAAAACUAUGGAUGCGACAUAUUGUUGCGGGAUAUGUGAAGAGGAUGUAUAUAAUAAGAUUUGGUUUUACAAAUGUAAUGAAUGUGGUUCUACUCUGCAUACUAACUGCGUAUUUCAAAAUCUAAUGCACUCAAGACCUGGAUAUAGCUUAUUGAUCGGUAACAAGGGGUCAUUUGAUUUGCUUCCGAACAAUCAUCUCUCUCGACGACUUUGCUAUUUCUGCAAGAUCCGUUGUAUGGGUGAUUUUGUUCUCAACAAAAUAUCGGAUACAAGUAUAUUCAUAUGUUUUUCAUGUGGCUUUGAUUAUAAAGAUUUCGUUUAG